AUGCAUGAAAUAAAUAUACUGAAGACAAAAUCAGUGGAGAAAGAUCUUAUCAGAAUGUUGCUUAAUCGAUAUGAACAAUUCGGUGUUAUUGGACGUCCAGUGAAUGACAGUAAAAUUAAAGUGGAUGUUCGAUAUGGAUUGCAACUUUUCCAAAUUUUGGACUUGGAUGAAAAUAAACAAAUUUUACGAACUAACUGCUGGUGUAUGCAUGUGAAAUGGACGGACUCUCUUCUUCGUUGGAAUGAAAGCGAAUACGGAAAUAUUAAAACUGUUCGUAUAUUUCCUUCGCAAAUUUGGACGCCUGACAUAAAAUUAUAUAACUUUGCGGAUGAGCGUUUACGUGAACAGCGAGAAGCUCGCGUUGUGGUUUCAAGUACUGGUGAAACUUUAUGGCUUCCACAAGCACUGUUUAAGAGUACAUGCGAAGUAGAGAUCAGCUACUUUCCGUUGACACGCAAGUAAGUCAUUUUUUGACUAUUUUGAACUUUAAGGAAUUUUAUGCAUUCGAUUUACUGAUAUUGCCUGACUUCUCUGCAAACAUUCCACUUUUAUAUUUGAGCUAUGUGCUAUAUCUUUCUAUUUUGGCCUUAAAUAUCCAAAUAUCAGGCCAAACCAUGGGUAUGAGAUGUAUUUGUCGGCUGUUUUUUCAGUUAUCACUACACAGAGUGAAGUGAUGUAGUCUUCAUAGUCCAUCAGUAAGUAUGUAUUUCUGGAACAGUGAACUAUGAAACCACACCAAAUCACGAAUACUUGCUCUGUGAGUCUUCA